CACUGUGAAAGGAUGUCAAUUGAAAUGAUCUUUGCUUCCGCCGUUCGUCUGCCUCAUAUCCCGCACCCGCCUCGGCCUCUACCAAUCGAUUGCGGCACAGAAGGCACAAUCACCAGACUCAAAAUGACACUCACCCCACUCCGUAUGAGCUUCGCGCAUCCGUCGAAGCUCAGCACCAGGCGCAUCCAUAUGCUCAAUGUCUUCAAGUGCUGUAGAAAACGCAUCCUGCGCCUCGAAGUGGUCAAGCUGAGCCCUUUCGUAAUCUUCCAAAUCCCGCAGGAGCACAGACUCAAGUCUAUCAUACAGAUGCCCUAGAACCCCUUGUCCAGGACCGAUCCCGAACGAGAUACCGCACAACGGCGUGCCACGGAGAUCCUGCUGCAAAGUCAGAUAUAUCUCGACGCUCAGAGCUUUCGGCCGACUGAAGAGUUUCAUGCGCCGCCACGAUGCGUUGAUUGACGAGAAAUACCU